CGCUGCACGCUUCCGUUCAUCGUUUGGUUUGACAUUGUCAAGAUGGCUGCGGCCGUAGCGAGCCGCCUGACUGCCGCUGUCUGCAGACAAUUUCAGCGUGUUGUUACAGUCUCUUCACACACACAGCCUCAAUAUGCGACUCAAGCAUUCUCCAAACUUCCUUUCUGUCAACGAAGUCAACCGCACGGCUCGUGGUGGUUCAGAAGCUCCACGAAUAACCGAGCUCUCCACACAUCCUGUGUCAGAAACGGACUGGAAGAGUUUUUUGACCUGCCAGAGAACUGGGGUGAAGAAACCGUUAAAUCAGGUGCUCCAUGGACAGCCAAACAACUUAGAGUGAAAAGUAAUGAAGACUUACACAAACUUUGGUAUGUUCUUUUGAAGGAAAAAAACAUGUUACUUACUUUAGAACAGGAGGCGAAACGACAGCGGCUUCCGAUGCCUAGCCCAGAGCGCCUCAGAAAGGUUGAAAGGUCAAUGUUGCGCCUGGACACAAUCGUGACAGAACGUGAGAGUGCUCUGCGCUUACUGCAGACGGGACAAGAGAGGGGCAGACCGGGCGAGUGGCGCAGAAAUGUCUUUGGCAAAAACAUCUGGUACCGUUUCAAGGAACAUCCAAUCCCCUGGUACCUAAAUACUAGAUACAAAAGACGCCGAUUCUAUGAGCCAUCACAUGUGGCCCCUUACACAAGGUUGAGCCUUGAAAAAUACCUGAGGACUAAGAUACGGAAAGAAAAAAGAGAGAAGAAAAACCAAAAAAGGCUUGCAGAAAUGUUUCCAAAAAAGACUGCACUUGCAUGAAACCACUGACAAGACUUUUUACGUUUAAUAUUGUCUUUUCAUCAUGUCAUUUUUUUUUUUCAGUUCUCUAGAAGUUUUAGAGAUUCAAUAAAAAUGUACAGUCAAAUAAUAAAUUCAAACCUGUAACUGA